AUGUCUGAUCCUCCUGGUAGUCCUAGCAAACCAGAUAUCUCUAACAUCACAGCAAGAAGUGCAACUCUCAAAUGGAAAGCGCCCAAAGAUGAUGGCGGAAGUCCAGUGACUGAGUAUGUUAUUGAAAGAAAGGAACAAUUCAGCGCCAGAUGGACUAUGACAGAUACCAGUACAAGCACAACGACAACUGUACACAGCCUUAAUGAGGGCACUGAAUACUACUUCCGUGUUGCUGCUGUGAACAAAGCUGGUGUUGGUAAACCAGGAGAACCAUCUGUUAAUGUUGUUGCCAAAGCACCUUACACUGUUCCUGAUGCACCUAGAAAACCACAGCUCCCAGCAGUAAGUGCUAACAAGAUGAACUUGACAUGGAAUACACCUCUGGACGAUGGCGGAGCACCUGUAAUUGGUUACAUUAUUGAAAGACGUGAGAAGUUUGACACCAGAUGGACAAGAAUAAACAUCUCAGUUGUGCCUGAAACAUCCUACACAGCUGAUGGUCUUAAGGAAGGUACUGAAUACGAGUUCAGAGUUGCCGCUGAAAACAAAGCUGGUGUUGGCAAAUUCAGUGAACCAACUGCACCAACUAUUGCUAAGCAUCCGUAUGAUGUUCCUGAUUCACCUGGCAGACCUGACAUUAUCCAGAUUAAUGCACAUGAUAUGACAAUUACAUGGUCUCCACCUGUUUCUGAUGGUGGUAGUCCAAUCAUCGGUUACAUUGUUGAAUUGCUUGAGACCGCAAAACACAGGUGGAUCAAAGUAACUAUUGCUCCUGUGCGUGAAACAACGUACACCGUGACUGAACUGAUCACAGGCGCAGAAUACAAGUUGCGCGUCAGUGCUCUGAAUGCAGCUGGAGUUGGCAAACCUAGUCCUGAUUCAGUUGGAAGGAUAGCUAAACCACCAUAUGAUGUGCCUGGGCCACCAGCUCAACCUAGAGUGACAACAGCUGAUAGUACGAGCAUGGCAUUGAAAUGGUUUGCACCUGAUGAAGAUGGUGGCAGCCCAGUUACUGGUUAUACAAUUGAAAAGCGUGUGAAGUUUGGUCGAUGGAGUAGAGCUAUGAUUGAGACUGUUGAAGAAACCUUUGCUACCGUUUCUGAACUUGUACAAGGGCAGGAGUAUGAAUUCCGUGUUUGUGCUGAAAACAAAGCUGGAGUUGGUGAAGCUAGUGAACCAUCCGAUCCCAGAAUUGCCAAACCACCUUAUGAUGUACCAAGCCAACCUGGAACAACCUCUGUCAGUGACGUUACUGCAAAUUCGAUGAUCCUCAACUGGACACCUCCAGAGUCAACUGGUGGUGCUGCCGUUACCGGUUACUAUGUUGAAAAGAAGGACAAGUUUGCUACCAGAUGGACCAGAGUGAAUGCUACACCCAUGAAAGCCACAAUGUUAAAAGUCUCAGACUUAUUGGAGAACAAUGAGUAUGUUUACCGUGUGUUAGCUGAAAACAAAGCUGGAUUAAGUAGUCCAAGUCAACCAUCAAGAAGUGUUGUUGCUAAACCACCAUAUGGCUUACCAAUGCCACCUGGAAAACCUAACAUUGUUGCUGCUGAUUGUCAUGAGAUGACUGUGACAUGGACUCCACCUGUCAAUGAUGGAGGCAGUCCUGUGACUGGAUAUUACAUUGAUCGCAAAGAUUGCUACUCCUCUCGAUGGAUGAGAGCUUCUAGAGAUGCUGUACUAGACACUACAUUCACUGUUACUGGCUUGUCUGAAGGAACUGCCUAUCAAUUCCGAGUUGCUGCUGAGAACAAAGCUGGUGUUGGCAAGCCUAGUGAAGCAUCUGAACUCAAAACUGCUAAAGCACCAUAUGAUCCACCUGAAGCACCUGGUAUGCCUCAAAUUUCAAACAUCAAUAAAACAAAUAUGACACUGACUUGGACAAAACCUAAAUCAGAUGGUGGAGCUCCAAUCACUAAUUACAUCAUAGAAAAGAAAGAAGCAUUUGGAUUCUACUGGAGUCGUGUAAAUUUUGAAGAAGUUCUGGACACAUCUUAUAAGGUUACUGGACUAACGGAAGGUACAAAGUACCAAUUCAAGAUUGCUGCUGAGAAUAAAGCUGGUGUUGGACCAUACAGUAAUCCAUCGGAAAUAGAAGUGGCCAAGUCACCUUAUCAGCUUGCAAGUCCUCCUGGUAAACCAGUUGUAUCAGAUGUCACCGAGACAUCUAUGACUUUGAGCUGGACCAAACCAACCUCAGAUGGUGGCGCUGAUAUUACUGGCUUCAUUGUUGAAAGACGUGAACGCUUCAGUACAAGAUGGCAGGCUAUCAACAGAAUGGCUCUGACAGAUACAACAUUUAAAGCCACUGGUUUGUCUGAGGGUAACCAGUAUGAAUUCCGUGUUUGUGCUGAGAAUGCUGCAGGUGUUGGAACACCCAGUGAAGCAUCAGAAGCCCAUGUUGCUAAACCACCAUAUGAUGUACCCGGACAACCUGGAUCACCUUCCGUAUCUGGUGUUGAUGCAUCAUUCAUGACCAUCACCUGGACACCCCCUGUAUCUGAUGGUGGUGCACCUAUAACUGGCUACAUCAUUGAAAAGAAGGACACAAGCAAAGCUAAGUGGACAUUAGCAACCAGAAAACCGGUCAAAGAUUUGACAUACACUGUGACAGAUCUGAUCCAGGGAACUAGAUAUGAGUUUAGAGUCAGUGCUGAGAACAAAGCUGGUGUUGGCAAACCAAGUUAUCCCUCAGCUGCUAAAGUAGCCAAACCACCAUAUGAUGCACCUGAUUCACCAAGUACACCAAUGAUAUCUAAUGUAGACAGCACAGAAAUGACAUUAUCAUGGACCCCUCCCACCACUGAUGGUGGCAAUCCAGUCACUGGAUAUAUCAUAGAAGCUAAAGCCUCAUUCGCAACCAGAUGGCAUAUUGUAAAAACAGCUAUCACUGGAACUAUGGCAACUGUGACUCAUCUCAAAGAAGGUCAUACAUAUGAAUUCAGGGUGAUUGCAGAGAACAAAGCUGGUCUGGGCAAACCAAGCAGUCCAUCCGAAGCAAGAUUAGCAAAACCACCAUAUGAUGUUCCAGCUGCUCCAGGUUCACCAGAGGUCUCAAACAUCACCAAUACAUCAGUAACUUUGAACUGGUCACCACCUUCAUCUGAUGGUGGAAGCCCAGUAAUCGGUUAUAUCAUUGAAAAGAAAGACAGAUUUGCCACCCGAUACAGCAAAGCAGAACAACUAACAACUUCAGCGACAAAGGCUACUAUUCAUAAACUAGCAGAAGGCAAUAUUUAUGAGUUUAGAAUACUUGCUGAGAAUAAGGCUGGCUUUGGUAAACCAAGUGAACCGUCCGUGCCUAUUACACCAAAACCAAAAUAUGUUGUUCCAAGUGCUCCUGGUGUGCCUUCCAUCCUGGAUGUCACCAGCAGUACAAUGGCUGUGACCUGGACACCACCUGUUCAGGAUGGUGGAGCACAUGUUACUGGAUACAUCAUUGAGAAACGCGAUGUAAGAACCGGACGAUGGACCAAAGCACACAGGGAUGUUAUCACUGAUACUACAUUCACAGUCAAGGAUUUGAUUGAAGAUAGCAAGUAUGAGUUCCGUGUGUCUGCUGAAAAUGCUGCUGGCGUUGGUAAACCUAGUGAACCAUCAGCUGUGAGAAUUGCAAGACCACCAUAUGACGUGCCUGAUGCACCUGGUAAACCUGAGAUUACAUCUUAUGAUAUCAAUAAAGCCAGCAUCACCUGGACUCCACCCAUAUCAGAUGGAGGCAGCAGAAUACUUGGCUACAUCAUUGAAAGAAAAGAAAAACAUGGUACACGAUGGAUGAAAGCAAACAGAGAUGUAGUAACAGGCACAUCCUUCACUGUAACUGGAUUAAUUGAAAAAUCAGUGUAUGAAUUCAGAGUAAUGGCUGAAAACAAAGCUGGUGUUGGUAAACCAAGUCAACCAUCAGAUUAUGUCAUUGCUAAGCUGCCAUAUGAUGUGCCCAGUUCCCCUGGACUUCCUAAUAUCGACUGUGUCACUGGUAAAACCAUGACACUAACAUGGUCUAAACCUUCAUCUGAUGGAGGUUCUCCAAUUACUGGCUACUAUGUUGAGAAGAAAGAUCAAGGUACUAUGCGAUGGGCCAGAGUAAACCGUUUUAGUGUAGCAGAUCUAACUUUAAGUGUUGGUGAUCUCCGGGAAGGACAUGAAUACGAGUUCCGUGUGACUGCUGAAAACAAAGCUGGCAUUGGUAAAUCAAGUGAAAUUGCUGGACCCAGAGUCGCUAAACCACCUUAUGAUGUACCAGGUAUGCCUGGAACACCCGAUGUGACAGAGGUUACAGCUAGAUCCAUUACUAUCUCCUGGACACGCCCAGCCUCUGAUGGUGGCAGUCCUAUCACAAGCUAUAUUAUUGAAAAGAAAGAACCAUUUACAAACAGAUGGACUUUUGUUCACAAAGUACCAGAAACAACAUCCAUGGUAACUGGUCUGCAUGAAUAUCAUGAGUAUGAAUUCCGAGUUGCUGCUGAAAACCGUGCUGGUAUCGGCAAACCAAGCUACCCAUCAAAAUCAACAGUAGCUAAACCACCAUAUGAUAUACCAGGUGCUCCAAGCAAACCAGCCGUGUCUGACAUCACAGACACAUCAAUGACGCUUACUUGGAGAGCGCCUGCAGCAGAUGGAGGUGCGGCAAUUAUUGGGUACUAUAUUGAGAAAAAGGAACGAUUUGAAUACCGAUGGACACCAGUCAAUCAGAUUGCAAUACCUGAACUUACCUAUACAGUUAGUGGUCUGAUAUCUCAUAGCGAAUAUGAGUUCCGUGUUAUGGCCGAGAACAAGGCUGGAUUGGGUCCACCAAGUGAAGCAACGGCUCCCAUGCUAGCCAAACCACCCUAUGAUGUACCUAGCCCACCAAGUCAACCAUCAAUCGACAAUGUUACCAAGACGACAAUGACAUUGUCAUGGAAACCACCAACCUCUGAUGGUGGCAGUAAAGUAUUGGGAUACGUGAUUGAAAAGAAAGAUGGCUUCAGCAUUAUGUGGGAAAAAGCCCACAGGGAGGAUAUACAUAACACAUCAUAUACUGUCACAGACUUAAAAGAAAGUAGGGAGUAUAUGUUCAGAGUUAGUGCUUUCAAUAAAGCAGGUAUUGGCUCACCAAGUCAAUCAUCACAGACAAGACUUGCAAAGGCACCAUAUGAUGUACCAGGUGCACCAGAAAAACCUGAAUUAUCCAACAUGACCAACAGCACAAUGACUCUAACAUGGCUUCCUCCACUUAAUGAUGGAGGUGCUCCAAUCACUGGUUACAUCGUUGAAAAAUCUGAGAGAUACUCCACACACUGGGUCAGAAUGAACACAGAUGUUGUGAAAACCACCACAUACACAGCCACAAGUUUGAGAGAAAAUAUUGACUAUCAGUUCCGUGUUGCUGCUGAGAACAAAGCAGGUAUUGGUAAAUCCAGCAGACCAACUGAACCAAGAGCAGUAGCAGUUGCCCCACAACUUGACACAAGCAAGAUAAAAGACACAGUUGUUGUGAAAGUGGACAAUACUUUCCAUCUUGAUGUGCCAUACAGAGCAUCACCCAAACCCACAGUCACAUGGUUGAAAGAUGGCCUUCCACUGGAUACAAGCUUCCGGGUAAAAUCAGAUUGUACUGACAGGAGUACCAUCUUAACAACAAAGAAUUGUGUACGUGCUGACUCUGGUACAUACACACUCAAGUUGUCUAAUGAAGCUGGUGAUACGUCAACAACCGUACGUGUCGAAGUGUUAGAUCGACCAGCACCACCUAAGAAUUUGAUGGUCUCAGACAUCAACAGUACUCAAGUCACAUUGUCAUGGGAACCACCUCGUGAUGAUGGAGGUAGCAAAGUUACCCACUACGUUAUUGAGAAACGCGACAUGUCCCGAACUGUGUGGGCACGUAUCACUAACGUCACUGAUACUACGCACAGAGUAACUAAUCUGAUGGAAGGCUAUGAUUAUGGUUUCCGUAUUAUUGCUGUCAAUAAAGUCGGUGAGAGUGAACCUGUUCAGACUAUUGAGAAAGUACACCUCAAGAGCAAAUAUGACAAGCCAGGUCCACCAAGUAUGCCAGAGAUUCUAUCUGUUGGAUCAGACUAUAUAGAACUGUCUUGGGAACCACCGUCAUUUAAUGGUGGAACUCCUAUCACUGGCUACUUCAUUGAGAAGCGAGAUCGUCACAUGGCACAGUGGAAUAGAGUCAACCUUGCCUCGAUAUCUGAAACAUCAUGUAUAGUUAACAGACUACUCAAGGGAUCAGAGUAUGAAUUCUGUAUAUUGGCUGAAAACAAAGCUGGGGUUGGUCAACCAAGUCAACCAUCACAGGUUGUCCGAGCAGUCGAACCUGCAGUUGCACCUAAACUAAUGUUGGAUGUCAAAUACAGAGACACUCUUAUCCUGAAGGCUGGUACAACAUUCCGCAUAGAUGUACCCUACAAAGCAUCGCCUAUCCCAACCAUCAAAUGGAGCAAAGAUGGCGUACCAUUGCAGUCAUCAUGGAGAAUCAGACUUGAAAGUACUGAAGAUCAUACAGCAAUCACAGUGAAAGAUACAGACAGAUCAGAUGGUGGUCAUUAUACUUUGCAUCUAACCAAUGAAGCUGGUAGCGACACUGCCAACAUUAAUGUCCAAGUAUUAGACAAACCAGGAACUCCACGCGGACCAUUAGAAGCAAGUAACAUUGCAAGUACAUCAGUCACAUUGUCAUGGUUAGCGCCUCGUGAUGAUGGAGGAAGUCCAAUUACUAAUUACAUUAUUGAGAAGAGAGACACAACACAUUAUAUGUGGUCUACUGUGACAUCAGAUCAAAUAGAUACAUCGUAUCGAGUUACACACCUGACAGAAGACUCACAGUGUCAGUUCCGUGUUAUGGCACAGAAUAGAUAUGGUAUCAGUGAACCCCUGGAAAGUGAAAGAGUUGUACCAAGAGGACACUAUGAUGUACCUGGAUCCCCAAGUGCACCAGAUGUGACAGAAACUACUGGAGAGUCUAUGCUUUUGACAUGGAAUGAACCAUCUCAUGAUGGAGGUGCUCAUAUUAUUGGUUAUAUCAUUGAAAUGAGACAGACUACAAGUCCACGAUGGAUCAAAGCAACUGGUUUGCCAGUUGUCGGCACUACAUUCAGAGUAUCCAGACUAACCAGAGGUGCAGAGUAUGAGUUCCGUAUUUUAGCUGAGAAUAAAGCUGGAGUGAGUUUACCCAGUGGACCAUCAAGAACAGUGAGAGCUGAAGAACCAGCAGUUGCACCUAAACUGAAACUUGACGCCCGAUUCAAGAAACCAAUCAUUGUAAAGGCUGGAACAACAUUCCAUUUGGAAGCAUCUUACUAUGGAGUACCAAUGCCAACUGUGAAGUGGACGAAAGAUGACCAUAUAGCAGCAUCUUCAUUGAGAGUUAGAGUUGAUGCGUCUGAUUCAUCAAGUGAGUUAAUAACAUUCAACUCAGAGCCAGAAGAUUCAGGUGUAUAUCAAAUCUCUGUAUCUAACAAAGCCGGAAGCGAUCGUGCUGCAUUCACAGUCAAGGUAGUGGACAGACCCAGCCCACCACGUGGACCAAUGGAAUUACUCAGUGUAACAAGCACCAAUGUGACAUUGGCAUGGCAACCACCUGCUAAUGAUGGUUCUAGUCCAAUCAUCAACUACAUUCUAGAAAGACGUGAGACUGCUUCCAGAAUGUGGACUAAAGUGCCUGGUGUUAAAACAGAUACAACAAUGCGAGUUGGAAAUCUCAUUGAAGGAAUGGAAUAUCAAUUCCGUGUCAGUGCUGAGAAUAUGUAUGGUGUGAGUGAACCUCUGGUUAGUGACCGUGUCAGACCAAAGAGUGAAUAUGAUGUACCAGGGCAACCAGGAAUUCCUGAGGUUUCCAAUGUCCAUGCUGAUUCCAUGACUCUCACCUGGAGUGCACCAGGUUAUGACGGUGGUACCCAGAUUACCGGAUAUUACCUAGAAAAGAAAGAAAGGAUGAGCACAAUGUGGUCCAGAGUGUCACUCAGUGUGAUUAAAGAGAAGUCGUACAGAGCAAUCAGGUUAAUCAGAGGAGCAGAGUAUGAAUUCCGUGUCAGUGCUGAAAACAAGGCUGGUAUUGGUAAACCAAGUGCACCAUCAGUGUUGACUAAAGCUAAGGAACCUGCAGUUGCCUCCAAGAUUAGACUUCCAUCCCAGUACACUGAUGUUGUCAUCGUCAAAGCUGGCACAAUGUUACGAUUGGAUAUACCAAUCUCUGGUGUUCCUGAACCAACUGUUAUCUGGUACAAAGAUGGUCAAGUCAUGAAGACUGUAUUGAGAGUAAGACUUGAGACAACAGAGCAUGGAUGUUCAUUGCUGAUCAAACAAGCUGAAAGACGAGAUGGUGGAGAGUACGUUGUACAAGCACGUAAUGAAGCUGGUACUGAUACCGCAACCAUUACUGUUAUGGUUCUUGACAAACCAGGACCACCACAGCCACCACUGUCCUUCUCCAAUAUCACCAAAGCAUCAGUAACUUUAGAAUGGCAGCCCCCACUUGAAGAUGGAGGAAGUGAAAUAACCAAUUAUAUUCUUGAAAAACGUGACCAUGGUCGUACACUAUGGAGCCGUGUUUCAUCGACUGUUACUGGUACAAAAUACACAGUUACCAGUUUACUUGAUGGUACAGCAUAUCAGUUCCGUGUUAUGGCACAGAAUCAAUAUGGUAUCAGUGAAGCAUUAGAAGGAGUAGAACCUGUACUCGUCAGAAGUCCAUAUGAUGUACCUCUUAGACUUUCAAAAAUAUUACUUGGUUACUCUUAA